AUGCCUUGGCGGCGCCUCUGGCGCCCCGUGCGCUCCGCGGGCCAGGGGAGGGGGUCCAGCACAGAUCCAAGACAUCCGCGCGGACCGUCGAAAGUCUAUGUCUGUGCGCUCGUUCUUCUUCCACCCUUCGGCGCGGUGGCCCAGAGCGCGUUCGACAGCGAGCUGCCCCUCGGCUCCGUCGCCGCCAGCUCGUCGGCGUUCGCGGGCGCGGUGACCCUGACCAAGAAGCUGGCCUCCUCGCUGGCCAAGGACUGCGUGGACGUGUCCACCUGGGUCUCGAACGCGCCAGGCGGGCACUCCUAUGGCAUCUCGAACGAUGUCCGUGGGAGUGCGUUCGCCACCGACGGCGAGAACUUCGACGACUUUGCCGACCGGAGCGUGCUGACGGUGGUGGACGGAGCGUACACGGAGAACACGGGCGUCGCUUGGGCGGUGGCCGCCGGGGCCUCCGAGGUCGUGGCAUUUGCGGGGCCAGACGGUCUGGUGGAGCUGUUCGCUGGCGGGUCGGAGAAGUUUGGCGUUUGCCCUGGCUGCGCGCUGUACUUCCAGAUCUUUGAGACCAGCGCCGACGAUGCCGCGGCGCAGUUCGAGGCGUUCGAGAGCCUCGCUCUUCCCUCGGACAGCUUCCAGUUCCUGACGGGCAUCAAGCUGGGCACCAUCCGGACGAAGACUCUGGACAACCAGUGGUUUGGGAUCUCAAGCGGGUCCGAUGUCACGCUGCACGUUCUCGAUGUGGAGUCUGAGAAAUUGCGCAUCGGAGGCAGCUUUACCUUCAACUCCUUCGACGACUACGCUACCCUGGUCGGGGAGAUCAUGAUCACGAUGACUGCGCCAGGGAACGUGGAGAAGGUUCAGAAGGCGCUCGCCGAGUGGUUCCAGGUCUCCUGA